AUGAGGUUCCUGUGUCUACCAGGGGCCUAUGGAAGCUCUGAUAAAUUUCAAGUCCAACUAGCUCCUAUCUUGAAAGAGCUUACGGACGACGGAAGUGCCAGCUUCUACUUCAUCCACGGACCAUGCAAAGCAGUCCCCCCUAAAGGGUUCGAGGAUUUCUUCGGAAAGCCACCCUACCACCGCUUUAUUGAGCCCGACAAGGACGUGGCGAGAACAAGCGAGGACGACCUUCUCACACGUAUUCGAAACUUUCCCGAAUGCGAGACGGCAGAAGACACGAUGAGAGAGUUGAUGAGUGAAGGAGUGGCAACAGCACACCGGAGUACUGACAGAGCUAUCAAAUAUGUGGCCGAUAUCAUGGCCAAGCGUGGGCCUUUUGACGGCAUUAUUGGAUACUCCGAAGGAGCAACCGUCGCCGCGACAAUGCUUCUGUACGAGCAGAGACGAUUCAAGCGCUCCGGCACUAUUCCUAUGUUCAAGUAUGCCAUUUUCUUUGCUGGCUGGCCUCCAGUCGAUCCAAAGUCGCAUCACCUGGUUCUGGCGGAUGAAAGUGAGGAGAGGAUAGAAUGCCGGAGUUUGCAUAUUGUUGGCUCGCUAGACCCCUAUAUCGAUGGAUCGAUGGCGCUGUACAAUGUCUGUGACGCCGACACUGCCUAUCUGUUCGAUCACUCCAAAGGGCAUACGCUGCCUCGAGAUAAGGGCACUAUUAAGGAGCUUGGAGAUGUGAUUCGGGAUGCUAUCGCCGAUAUGGAGGAUGAAGGCAUAUUGUGA